AUGGAAGCCCGCCAGCUAUUUCCCGGUAACGCGGGCCCCGUGCCCACCGACGCGCCGUUAGUAUCCAAAGGUCGCAAUUGCGGUGCUCUCAAUCUCCCGGUCGGCGGUAUUCUGUCCAUGCCAAAUGGCGAUGUUGUUACCCUCACAGCCUCGGCCGCUUUCCGGCCACUAUGCACACCAGUCACUCCACCAGCCAUCAUUGCCAACGCUGGCGGUGGUUCAGUCGAGCUCGAUCCGAAUGUAGGGGCAAUGCCAGACGACGAUGGAUGGACAUAUUCCGACUUUCGCGAUCCCUUUUAUGCGUCAACCUUUCCUCAGUGCUAUGCGCUUGCGGCGACGACAGUAGUUGCGUAUAUGCUUGUUAUCAUGUUAUUCGUCACGCCACGAUCUUUCCUAGAUGGUGGAGUUGUUGUUCUUGGUCGACGAGGAUUCACUCACAGCGGAUCGGGGCCGACGAUUGGAGGCAGACCGUGGUUCCAAAAAGUGGCGGCUCUGUCUGUCGUUAUCUCACUCACCAUUGCGUCUGCUGCGACCUUUCAGGCUGCUGAGGAGCAAUAUAUUUAUCAGAUUCAGAAUGCGAAGGCGUUGCAGGAGGAGGUUUUGGGUGGCAACGAGCUAAAAGCAAUCCGAAUUGUCUCCAACACGUUUCUGUGGCUUGCACAAGCCCAAACUCUCAUUCGCCUCUUUCCCCGCCAGCGAGAAAAGGUGAUCAUCAAGUGGACCGCCUUUGCGCUAAUCACGCUCGACGUCAUCUUCCAAUCUCUCAACAGCUUUCGAUAUACAGACCAGACGGGCUCGAACCGGCCCGGCUCCUUUUCCGAUGCCAUCCCAGCACUCAGCUACCUCUUCACGCUUGCUCUCGGGGUGCUGUACGCCGCCUGGGUGGUUUACUACUCACUGAUGAAGAAGCGAUAUGCCUUCUAUCAUCCGCAGAUGAAGAACAUGUGUCUCAUGGCAGCCCUGUCAUUGAUGUCGGUACUUAUUCCCGUGGUCUUUUUUAUUCUGGAUAUAGCAAAGCCAGACUUCACCGGCUGGGGGGAGUACGUCAGAUGGGUGGGAGCGGCUGCCGCUAGUGUAGUUGUCUGGGAGUGGGUGGAAAGAAUCGAAGCUUUGGAACGGGAAGAGAAACGAGACGGUAUUCUCGGAAGAGAGGUGUUUGACGGAGACGAGAUGCUCGAUGUCACGACUUCUGACGGUCGUGCUCGCCGCAGAAGAAAAGGGAGUGGCAGUGAUGGCGGGGAUAAGGAGAUGUACGUCGAGAAUCCACCAAAGGAAAAAGCAGUCACCCAAGGAGAGCGAGGAAAUACAUGGCCCUCGGUAAUCGCCAUGAAGGCCAAGUACAGGUCUCGGCUGAGACCAAAGAAGGAUCAAGAUCCAGCUGACCAAACAACAACGCAAACGACACCACAGCCAUCGGAUCAUGACCGAGUACGAUCUUUGCAACCACCGCUUUGGCCAGCAAGACCAGCGCCGACAGCAACACCCAUCAGUCGGACAGACACUGCGAGCGCUGCGAGCACGGUGUACGCAGUUCGUUACCACCAAAACACAGACUCGGCAUCGCAAGCCACACCGCCGCCGCCACACAACACAAGUGCCCUAUCACGCACAGCCAGCACAUCGUCAAGCCGAAGUAGCGAUGGUAGAAGCACUCAUCGGACUGAACCACCCCGGAGACCAGCAGAUGAAGGCCAAGGGCCACAGGGAGGUGGGUCCAGCAGAUGGCAGACCCUCACACCGAGCUUCUCUUUUAAGCGAAGUCGGCGGAGUGAUGAGGAGAAUGCCGUCUCGUCUGAGGAGAAGAAGUCGCCAAGAGAGGAAGGGAAGUGGGACAUCCGCGGCCGAUUUGAAGAGUUCACAGCAAAUCAGGCUGAGCGGUUGCGGGAGAAGUUCCGGCCAGCUCCAGACACGGAUAGUCUGCCUGUGACGGUCAUUCCAGCACCACCUCGCCGAGGGGCUGCUCUCGCCCAACUGUUGGAAGAUGAGGAGCUUCAAUACCAGCGAGCGACAACCCCAGUUCGUGCAGUCUCGGAUCUGAGGUCACCAACCAAUGAUUCGUCACCUACUACUCUGGUUGGUCGUUCGGCUUCGAUCUUGACAAGUUCGAGACCUCAAGUUACCCCGAGUGGCACUCAGAUAUCAUUUGCGGACACGGUGAGACCUACAGAGCCUUCCUCUGGUCGACACUUGGGAGGGCCUGAAGGAGGGGGCCCAUCACAGGACUCUGAUUCCACACCAGGCCCAGAUAAUGGUCCUGAUUCUGGUGGCCGCGCUCCUUCAUGA